AUCAUGCCCUUCUUCGGAUCGUCUCCAUUGCAACGUCCGCUGCUAGCGCUCAACUCGCCACCAAGCUCAUCUCCUACCGCCCUUGCGAAAACAUGAGCACUGACACGAACAACUCCUCUGCAACUCCAAGGGCUGCCAUCAAUGUCUGUCAUGUGAUUCACCCGGAGAGGGCCAACGAGAUCCGUGAUACAGGAGUUUCCAGUGAAUUCCUCAAAGCAAGCCAGAAGAAAUUUCGCGUACGAUGUACGCAGCCCGAGUGUCAAGUGACGUUGGAGAAACCUUUGAAAUGUGCAAAGUGUAAGAGUGUCUGGUAUUGCUCAAAAGAGUGCCAAAGGAAACAUUGGCCCACCCACAAACCGAGAUGCCACGAAGUUCCACGCUCCUCGGGAGCAAUCAAACUCGUACGAAUGUUCAUUUUGAAUCCGGUGCUUCUGGGGCUCCUCAAAGUUGGUGUUAUCAUCGCCUGUGGCCUGAAUGACAAUCCCCGGAUCGGAUUCGACGUGCCGUUCGGGGUACGUGUUGAUAUGGCCAUUGAGCCGAGUGAUAUCCUUCACUUCAUUGGAUUGUAUCUCAACAACAGUACUGUUGGGGAGAAGCUUCAAGGGAUGGUGCAGAUCAAUGCUAUUACGCCGUGGGAACUUAGUCGGGAUUCGGAGCGGCUAAAGAAAUGGCGCGAGGCUCGAGCAACACAUGACGCAGAUGGUUUCGCCAAUGAUCCUGUUGGACUCGUAGAUUUCGUUGAUGUUAGUUGCACAGAGAGCUCUGGGAAUGCAGCAACCGCCGAGCUGCACUUCCCGUCUAUUGUUCUUGACAUGGCAAAGAAGCGCGAACCCUUCUUAGGUACCUCUGCUGUCACGGGUGCUCAAAUCAAGAAACCCAUGAGUACUUUGACGUGUCUGGAGACCAUCAACAUGCAUAUUCGGGCGGAUAGGGAGAAUCAGUUGCAUUUACGCACUGAGAUGACAGAUCAAGACAAGGAAGUUAUCCGCGCUGCAGGUCGCAACGAGGACACAUAUCUGGCGCGUAUUGUUAAGGAAAAGAUGCAAAGAGAACACCUCUAUGCCAAUAUCGUGCAAUUGACACACUAAGUAGUUAAAUGGAAGGAAAAUUCUGGCACGAGUAGCCUUCUCUCCUCUCCCCAUGACCCCCUUGUGUACUGUGCUUCGUCCCAUCGAUGGUGCUUUGAUUCUUAAAUUGUAUCUGCUGAAAAUUUGACGUUUUGAAGAUGCUUGCGCUCUC